AUGAUGUACGAAAACAUCCUCGAGCCCUACGAAGGCUACAUAUAUGGUACUUGUCUAGUAGUAGAGUUAAUGUUAAUGCCAUUGAUGGUAUAUCUAACCUGUUUCCGAUCGAAUCAAAUGAAGCGCUACCGAUUCUACAUACUCAACAAUGUGAUAUGGUGCUUCAUCUUCGACAUAGGACUAUUCAUACUGAGACCUACUUUCAUGUUUCCGACCGGUUGUUUUGUAAUGCGACCAUUGAUUAGCAUGUCGAAUAGUACUGCCAGAGGCGUCGCAUUUUGUCUACUGGUGGUGUGUAUCAAUGUUGAGAUGGGCGUUGUCUGGAGCUUGUUCUAUCGAUACUCGCAGGUAGUACAAUAUUGAUUUUUUAAUUUUUUGGAACAUUUUUUCUAUUAGAUUGUUCAAAUAAUUCCGUGCUCCUUCACUAGACAAAUUUUUGGUGUCAGGGGGCACAGAAUUAUUUAAACAACAAAGGCUCAUAAUUAUCUGAACAAGCUCAAAACAACUUAUAAAUCUGUUCAAAUAAUUGUGUGCCCUUUCUAAAAGCAAUUUUUUUGGGUGUGGGGCACAGAAUUAUCUGAACCACGUAAACGUCUUUCUGGCUUUGUAAAGAAAGUUUUUUUAUUUUUCAAAAUUUUUUGUGAGCGGUUACUGUAACUUUUUAUAAACAAAUCCAGUUACUGUAUUUUUUUAAAAAAAGGCGGUUACUGUAAUUAUUUGGAAUUUCAGGCUUUCCCAGGCUGGUUUGGCGAUUUUUUUGAACACGGCUACACCUGUUAUAUAGUGAUUGGAUGUAUUCAUUUUAGCUUUUAUGUAUGUUGCCUAACGCCAUUCUUCUUGAUUGAUAUGAUUGGUAAGACAAGUUUUAAUUUUCAAUUUUACUUUAACUAACUGUAAAGACUACGCCGAAGCCUAAGGCUAUAGCUAGUGCUAAGCUAGGGAUAGAGCUAACGCUAGAGCUAAACUUAGGCUUUUGGUUUCUGGGCUUGGGCUCUGGGCUUAGGCUCUGGGCUUGGGCUCUGGACUUGGGCUUGGGCUUGGGCUUGGGCUUGAACUUGGGCUUGGGCUUGGGCUUGGGCUCUGGGCUCUGGGCUUGGGCUCUGGGCUAGGGCUCUGGGCUAGGGCUCUGGGCUAGGGCUCUGGGCUAGGGCUCUGGGCUAGGGCUCUGGGCUAGGGCUCUGGGCUAGGGCUCUGGGCUAGGGCUCUGGGCUAGGGCUCUGGGCUAGGGCUCUGGGCUAGGGCUCUGGGCUUGGGCUCUGGGCUUGGGCUCUGGGCUUAGGCUCUGGGCUUGGGCUCUGGACUUGGGCUUGGGCUUGGGCUUGGGCUUGAACUUGGGCUUGGGCUUGGGCUUGGGCUUGGGCUUGAACUUGGGCUAGGGCUCUGGGCUAGGGCUCUGGGCUAGGGCUCUGGGCUGGGGCUCUGGGCUAGGGCUCUGGUCUAGGGCUCUGGUCUAGGGCUCUGGGCUGGGGCUCUGGGCUUGGGCUCUGGGCUAGGGCUCUAGUCUAGGGCUCUGGGCUGGAGCUCUGGGCUAGGGCUCGGGGCUAGGGCUUUGGCCUAGGGCUCUAGGCUGGGGCUCGGGGCUAGGGCUCUGGGUUAGGGCUAUAGGUAGGGCUUAUAAAUUACAGUAAUCAGUAAUUAAAUACACUGUAAUUUAAGGCAUUUUAGACGACAUAGGCCCGAGUAACAACUUACUUCAACAAUUGCCAGAGUUAAAAGACCAAAUCGGUAAUAUCAAUUAUGUAUGUGUACCAAUCAUACCGGUAUCAAUAUAUGGUUCUCUCCUUGGAUUUCUGAUCAUGCUAGCCUUUUUUACGUUGGGCACUGGCUUGUACAUCAACUUGUUUGUGGUUAUGCAGUUGGAAAAGAGGAAGAAUGUCACGAUAGAGAACACUCAGAGGCUUCAGUUAAUGUUGUUCAAAGUCGGUGAAUCAAAAUUUUCCAAAAAUGGCUAA